AUCAUGCAGAAUACACCACACAAGAAGGAAAAGGGCCUGAGUUUUCUAGUGUUUAGUGUUUCCCAUACAUUGACUAAUUUGCCCUGCCACAGUCUCCAAAAAAUGGCCAGAUAUAAAAUGCCUCCGGUAAAUGAACGUCACUCUGUAGCGCACCGGCUGGAGCUCCUACUGGGAAUUCUUCGGCUCCCCCCUCCCUCCCCCUCACCCUCCCCGGCCUCACCACAGACGUCGCUCUCCUAGCGCUAAUGUGAGCCUGAGUUGAUAGAGCAGACCGCAUUUCUAAGCGGAAUAUUGAGGAAUACUGACAUCCACUUCGUGAGCAUUCUUGAAAACACCCAGAAAACAUCAGUAGAGAAUUGUGUGGCUGUAUUUAAGACAACUCUGAGCCUGCACGGCAACAUACAACACCAUUGAGGUUCUGGUCCGAUCAUGGCUCCCAAACUGAGUGUGCUGCUGCUGUUACUGGUUGUUGCCACAGUAACAGUUCUGGCCCAGGAGCGACGCCCACCAUCGAGGACCCCCACCACCACCACCACCGACGAUGAGUGGAACUACAGGGAUGGCUCUGACAGGGUGAACAUGCGCGGCAUAGCCAACCUGACUCAGAUUCUGGACAACUGGAGGUUCGAUAUCCUGGGCCAGAUGAAAGGACUUCUGCAAAAUGACCACCAGUCUCUCUUGCCUGACUACGCCAGGAUCCAGCCGCUGUCUGAGGCUUUAGACGACCUCUACAAGGAGUUCAACGCCCUCAAAGCUCACCUGGGCGACCUGACUGAGAAGUUUACCGCCAUAGAAACUUUCAUUGAUGAGGUCAAGGCCAACAAUGCCAACGCUGGGCCGGCCCCUGGCCCGGCUCCGGCCCCUGUCCCCAGACAGACCGGGAGGAGGGUGUUGAAGAAGAAGGCCACUACUUCUUAAGCAGACAAUGAUGUGCUUCUUUUAUGUUGAUGUUUGCUUCUUCUCAGGCUGUCAUGUCUCCAUUCAUCUUAUCUGACAGUGCUGAAGCUAAUCCCCUUUUAACUUUACCAUGUUAAAAUUCUUAUACCAAGGCACGCUCAGUUGAAAGCACAGAUGUCUAAAAUUGAAAUAUACAAUACAUUAAAGAUUAGAAAUAUAAAAUGUACAGUAAAUAAAAGAUGUCACUCACAUAUAGUGUGGAAUAAUGAUGUAAAAAAGAAUGUAAGAUAGCUGCACUCUCUGCACACUUUUCAAUAUAUAUUUUGAACAUGAUCCACAGUUAACAGUUUUCCUCAUAAGAAAUAUGUUUUUUCUAAAUCUUGAAAAACAUAUCCAGGGAUUUGAUUUGAAAGAUUUCCUGUUUGUUGUUUAAGUGCCUGGAAAGUUCAACAACACAUGCUGAGUGAUGUCUAUCUUGUAGCACAGCUGAGCUGUUUAGGAAGCACUUGUUCUGUUUGUUCUGAAUGCUUUUUGGACAAACAUGCUUGUUGGUUUGGGUUUACUGCUGCAUUAUAUGAGCUCCAAAUAAACAAACUUUUUGCAUUCA